AUGCAGGGAAUCGACGCCCAAGUGACGCAACAACGCAAGGCUCCACCUAAACGGGUGGCUGACAAGCCUCAAGUGUUAAAGCACGAAGACGAUGAUGCAGACAGUUAUCUGGAGGAAUACGCACGGACCACAAAGAAGCCUCGUGCUGGCUUAUCCUCUGGCAACGACGACUCGGACGAAGAAGUUUACGCAACUGCCAAGCAACUCGACGACGCAGAUGCACCUGACGAAAUGGCGAAGAAGGUGAUGGAAGUUUUGGCUCCAAUCGACCAUUCCACCGUCCGCUACGAGCCAUUCCGGAGGAAUUUCUACUCUCUCCACAGUGAAACUUCGUCUCUCUCUAACCAGGAAGUGGCUAAGCUCCGGUUAGAGUUGAGCGUUAAGGUAGACGGAUCCGAUGUGCCAGCUCCAGUGCAGUCCUUUAUGCACCUCGGUUUCGACCGUAAAAUGUUGCACACGCUCAUGAAACUCGGACUAGAAGCGCCCACUGCAAUUCAAGCUCAAGCUUUCCCCGUUGCUCUUUCGGGUCGAGAUUUGAUCGGAAUUGCCAAAACGGGGUCGGGCAAAACGUUGGCGUUCACGUUGCCGAUGGUUUGUCACGUUAUGGACCAACGCGAGUUGCAACGAGGUGAAGGGCCCAUCGCUGUGGUGUUAGCACCAACUCGAGAACUUGCGCACCAAACGUACGUACAGGCGAAGAAGUUUCUUGCAGUUUAUGGAGCGUCGUGUGCCGCGAUUUACGGCGGAGCUGGCAAGUGGGAGCAGGUCCAAGCUUUGAAAAAAGGGGUCGAGGUGGUGGUUGCCACUCCUGGCAGAUUGAUUGAGAUGAUUCGGAAGAAGACUGCGCCGAUGAACCGCGUGACGUUCGUGGUGCUUGACGAAGCGGAUCGGAUGUUCGAAAUGGGGUUCGAGCCCCAGUUACGCUCCGUUAUGGGUCAGAUUCGCCCGGACCGCCAAACGCUCAUGUUUUCCGCUACUUUCCGUCGACGGAUUGAGGCGUUGGCGCUUGAUGUGCUUAAGAAUCCGGUGAAGUUGACGAUUGGUCUGGUGGGUCAAGCGAACGAGGACAUUCGGCAGAUUGCGGUGGUGUUGCCGGGUCAUGGAGCGAAGUGGCCGUGGUUGAUGGCGCGUAUUCGUGGACUAGUUGACGAAGGUCGACUGCUUAUCUUUGCUGGAAGUAAGGCUGGCUGUGAAGAACUGGCCAAGAACUUGGCGACGGCUUUUCCUUCAGCUCCAGCGCUGUGCCUGCAUGGCGAUAAAACGCAACAGGAACGAGCGGAGGCAUUGUCGAAGUUUAAACACGGAGAAUGCCGCGUUCUCGUGGCUACGGAUGUGGCUGCACGUGGUCUGGACGUUAAGGAUGUGAAGAAUGUGGUGAACUUUGACGUGGCGAAAAAUAUCGACACGCACGUUCAUCGUAUCGGUCGUACGGGUCGCAUGGGGCUGGAAGGUUUCGAGCCUGGAACUGCGUACACACUGGUGACUCGCAACGAGUCGCAGUUUGCUGCUCAGCUGGUGUACAACAUGGACGUCUCUGGUCAACCAGUUUCAGCCGAGCUGCUUGCUCUAGCUAAGAGAGAUUCGCGUUUCCGUCGAGGUGGAGCUGCAGCUCGUGGUAACGCACCGACUGGAAACGACAGAAGUGGUGGAGCGGGAUGGCAGAGUGCUCCUGAGAGUGCUGGACAAGCACCUGUUGUUCCAGCUCAACAACCGAACGAAAGGGGUCUCGAUGCGGAAGAUGCUGCGGAAUUGGAGCGGUGGAAUGACACUCGUCGCAAGAACAAGGCUGACCAACGCAAAGGCUUGGGUUUUGCAGGGAUGGCGAGUUCAAAACCAAUUGGAAGAGCUAGUGGGAUGAGCGGGUUUGUGAAGGCGUCUGCGCCUGCUGCCUCCUCGCUGGCGACUGCUUUUCGGUCGGGUUUCGUGAAGUCCACGCUGGCCUCCGACGUUCCCCGUCCGUCUCCACCUGCCCCGCCACCGAUGAGCUCGGUAGCUUUAUCACCGCCCCAAGCUCCAGCAAAUGCAUCGAAUUCGGGUGCUCUGGUACCGCCGCCACCGCCACCACACUGGUCUCGAGCUCGAGCGAACCCAAGUGUUGCGCCCUCCACGAUGCUGGUUCCGCCGCCACCUCCACCGGCCGUUGUGGCAUUAACACCUGAAGACUCAAAAGACUCCAGCGCAUCUACUGAGAAACCUCAGCCAAGCGGGCAGACUCAAGUAGCUCAUCGAGCCCCUCGAUCACAACAUGAAAGCGACCUACGGUCGAGAACUCAAGAUCCAGGAGUCGCCGGUGCCAUCGCUCUCGAUCAAGUUCAUCUGAAAGUGAUCGCGGACGACGUCGUAGAUCGCGCUCAAGAGAUCGUCGACGCCGACGAAGUUAUAGCUCUAGCCGCAGCAGGAGUCGAAGUCGGAGCAGGAGUCGCAACCGUGAUCGUCGUUACCGAUCACCUUCGCGAUCUCGCUCUCGAUCGAGACAUGGCCAUCGUAGGCGCUGAGAGCAGCAUGGAGCAGCGCUUGGGUGGCUGA